CCCUGUGAUGGACACCCUGUUCAGCCUGUACCCCACCCCUCGCACACUGACUGCUGGAUAUGGGCACCAGUGACCCUCAUGACCCUGACAGGAAGAAGCAAUUAAAGGAUAAUGGAUGGAUACUGAACUGUUGAAAUAACACCACCCUAAAAUAUUCAACUCUUAAGCUGUUAAUUUUUGUUUUGUUUGUAUCGUGCCCAGGCUCUAUUCUGGGAGGAAAUUCCUUGAUGGAAAAAAAAUAAAACAAACAGGAAGUUAAAACUUGUGCAAAGUCAAAUCGUGACGUUCCGUUCUGCGACAGCUAUAGGUUAUCAUACUUCCUGAGCUGUAAUGUAGCUCUCUCUCUCUGCAGUCAUUAAAUCCUGGUGAUGAGGCUGCAUCUCUGCAUGCUAAAGCCCCCCUCACUCCUGCUGUCUGUAUUUAAGAGAUGAAUAACAGAUCAGCACUUAAGGUGCAUUAAAUGCUGCAUUAUUUGUAUGGCUUGUAAGUUAAGAUAAAGCAAUUUGCAGGGUACCUAAGCUUGUGCAGAAAAUAAAACACUGAACCAUAUAAGGGGAAGGACAUGUGUGCAGCAAAUGCUUGCCUUAGCUUUAUUGGCUGGAGACAAUAAAAUGAUAAAAUUGUUAAUGGAUGACAGCACUGAACUGAUCAGUGCCAAAAGAAAUGAUUAUAUUAAGGUUUAUUUUGUUAAAGGCAAACUACUGAUACUUUUACCUGAAGUAUCAGCUGACUGACCAACCCGUCAAAAAUUUCUCACUCUUCAUAAAAACGCACGUUUCUCUGCCAGUUCCCAGACUAAUAUUUUAACUCUUGAUGAUUGAUUAGCUUUCCGCUGCCCGAUACUUAAACCGAGUCCAUUAUGUUCUGCAGACUCAUCAGAUGUGAACUGUGCUCACAUUCUUCUUUACUUUCACUGCCCUCUAAAUCAGCUGGACCAACAUUGCAAGCCAUUCCACCUCCGCUACACAACUUUACAAAGCACUGCUCCACCAGCAGUCUUGUAGUGAGUCCAGUCUUGAUUAAAACCAUUUGACUGGGUAGGUGUAAAGCAUCGGUGACCAAGUCUGGGGAUCCGAGCAGCCCAACACGGAGCUGAGCAGACUCAUUUGCUCUAAGUGCUGCUCGUAUCCCAGCCCUCAGCAGAUGUGGAUCAAUGCCUGGUUUUACAGUUUUGCAUGGUUGAAAUGAUUCAGACAAAUCUGACUGUCAGUCAGAGCCCGGCAGUGAAGAAACUCCUUUAGUUCUGUAUCUAUAGUGAAGCAGGAUGUGAAAAGGUGCUGCUUGGUUGCAAGUGGAGAUAACUUUGAAACACAUGGAGGAAAACUUGUUUGCUUAAUUGAGGAUGCUUUGCACUCACGCUCUUUUUUUUUCUUGGCUGCUCGGCGGUUUAAGUCAUAAUUGCUGAUGCUAGUACAAAUACCUCUGAUGAAUUAGAGGCGGCUGAUGGAUGAAGAAGAUGACAGACAGCAGGUGAUGUUUGGAGCUGCUCUGUCAGAGUCAUCAGAGGGACAUCUGAAGCGUUUUCUCUUUGUUUUUACCUGAAAGAACUUCUGCCGAGGUAAUAUCUUAGUCAGUAAUGGGUUUGGACGGUAUGGAAAUAUUUGCUAUUGCUGCCGUUGUCGGACUAUUUAUUGUUGUCCUCAAACAGUUUGGGAUUUGGGAGCCUUUGUCUCUGGAAGAUGAUGACAGCAAUGACAGUGACCUCGAACUUUCCAUGGUGCGUCACCAGCCUGAGGGCCUCGAGCAGCUCCAAGCCCAGACCCAGUUCACCAGGAAGGAACUCCAGUCGCUUUACAGAGGCUUCAAAAAUGAAUGUCCCAGUGGGUUGGUGGAUGAAGAAACAUUCAAAUCCAUCUACUCACAGUUUUUCCCACAAGGAGAUGCGACCACGUACGCACAUUUCUUGUUCAACGCUUUCGACAUGGACAGAAAUGGUUCGAUCCGAUUUGAAGACUUUGUGUUAGGACUGUCUGUGUUGCUCAGAGGUUCCGUCACAGAGAAACUUCGUUGGGCUUUUAACCUGUACGACAUCAACAAGGACGGCUACAUUACUAAGGAGGAAAUGUUGGCAAUAAUGACAUCGAUUUAUGACAUGAUGGGCAGGUAUACGUUACCCAGCGUACGAGACGAUUCUCCCUUUGAGCACGUGGAGAAAUUCUUUCAGAAAAUGGAUCGAAACAGGGAUGGAGUCGUGACAAUCGAUGAAUUCAUAGAAACCUGCCAAAAGGAUGAAAACAUAAUGGCUUCCAUGCAGCUCUUUGAGAACGUCAUCUAGUUUUUACAAAGAAAACUGGAUCAAUAACAUCUUUUAAUGCUUCCAGCUCCAAACCUGCGGGCCUGAAUAUCAAUCAAGAGGACAUUUUAGGCCACAAAAGACAAAAGGACACAUGUUUAUACAGUGAAAACAAGUGAACACUAUUGUUUUUCCAAACUGGAAAUGUGUAGAAAUGUGCAGCAUCCACUCCAAUUCAAAUUACCUUUCCUACAAAUGUUUUUUUUUAUCUUUUAGUGCAUGAAAAGUUAAACUUUCAUUUCUGCACGUAAAAAUAAAUUUAAAUAAGUGUUACCACUGCUGGAUGAGCAGGAGUGUUUCCCUGAAAUUAAAAAUGAAAAUGAAAUUUGAAGAAGUUAAAGGGAACAAAAGUGUGCUAUGAACUGUCAAUGUCAUGUCGAACUAAAAACUGAAAACAUAAAAAUCACUGACCUGCAAUGCCUUUUAUAUUGAUUGGUGGGUUUUAUCCUAACUCAGAUGAGGAAAGUGUUUAUUCUUCCCUCAUUAAUAAAAUUGUAUUUGCAACAUCUUCUGUUAUGAUAAUAAACUAAAUAAACCCAGUUUUUUCAAUUUGAGCACAACAAA